UGUCAGUCUCUCUCACUCUCUUUCUCUCGCACACGCUUUCUAUCUAUCUCUCUCUCUAUCUCUCUCUUUCUCUGUUCCUCACUUAUUCGUUCACUUACUCUUUCUCACGCAUCCACACGUACGCGGGUACAUUAUAUAACAUACACGCGGUCUGUCCUCCCUUAAUCUGUGUGCCUGCUUGUUUUGUUGUCUAUCUCCGUCGGGUUUAGGUCUCGGUUCCAGUGAAUCAAAAAUAUGUUGUUGAUGAUAUAAAAGAAAUAUAUAUAUAUAUGUAUGUAUAAGAGCAAAGGGUGGUCCUAAUCGGUUCGUCUGGUGCUACGUUCAUAAUUUGUGUACCAAUGCACGGGAAAUAUUUCAUCAAGACCGUAGAGUUACUAGACACACCAAUGCUGGAUACCAGUGAUUUAAAUUACACGUGAAGGAAAGAGUAAUAUACGAAUAUGCAUCAACGGUGCGUGUAUUAUUUUCAGUUGAAAUUUUCACUUUAUUUAUCGACGAUUUCUCGUGUCAGUGAAGUGAUAAACAAUCUUUUUCUCCUCCUUAUCGAUUGAUAUAUAUUAGCUGAAUGCUGUAAUAGAAACAACAGGAUGAACAUGAAAAAAGAACGAAAUAUGGGGUGUGUUUUUUUCGGAACAGAUGAAUUUUGUCCGAGCCGCUGUACCGUUUACGUGUGAACAUAUGAGAAGAAGGAUUGCCAUAAACAUUCAAAAUGAUCACUUCAGCUGGGUAUUGUGGUGUGUCUGAGUACGUUUGCUUGCCCAUCCCAGGGCAUGUUUGCAUUGAUGAUGGCAAUGGCAGUCUGAAUACUGGUCGCACACCACCGACGCGAACAUUGAGGAGGGUAUGUAGUUGACGUAUCCCCUGGUUCCAUAACGCUUGGAAAUAAUCAUAAAUAAAAAAGAAAAAGGCGAGAAAAAUAGAAACUCGUGAUUGCUUGUACGUGCGUACGUGUGUGCGUACGCGCGUAUCCAUUUUUGCUGUUUGCAUGCAAAGAGAAAGAGGAAGAGCCUGCACUGAGAUCGGAUUUCGAAGAAAAAUGUUCUGGCUGGACACGUGACAUGUGAAGCACGUAAAAGGAAGAAUAUUUCUAAAUACGUAUUCACGAUAGGGAGACAAAAGUCGGCGAGGUAGAUAGAAAUCGACGAGAGAGAGAGAGAGGGGGGUAGAAGAGGGAGAGAGAAGAGAAAAGAGCGGAAAAAAAAGGAGAUUAAAAGCAAGAGAGAACCUUCGAAAAAUUGCUUCUACGAAGACGAGAAAAAUGAAUAACAAGGGGCGUGUUCAAAGUAGAGCAGAAAAACACUAAAAAAGAAUUCUAAACGAUAGAAUAAGACAAUUUUAUAUCUAAAACGGACAAUUUUGACGAGUAAAGAUUAAAAAAAGAGGAGGAGCAAGUUUUGCAAAACGGAGGAGAAGUAACUUAUAAAAUAAGGAGUACACUUUUGAAUAUAUUCUAAACUAGAGAAAAGGGCAAAUUUGUACUUAAAAAUAGAAAAAGUAGAGGAAAAAGACGAGGAAUUAAAAAAUUUAUUUAUUAUUGACAAAAAAAAAAAUAAUAAGAGAAAACUCGCAUUCAGAACGCACAAAGAAUUUUUCGGCAAUAGCGAAAUCUUUCAGACAUGAAUGUCACUGAAGAACCGGAUUAUUACGUGAACAAGAGUUACAACGUGACCAACGCGACCAACGGUCUCAAUUGCAGCGGUGAUCCAUACUCCUAUGCAAUAUGGGGACGUGUUAUGAUAGUGAUCGUCGCCGUUUUCCUUAGCCUGACCACCGUUGUCGGGAACAUUAUGGUGAUGAUCUCGUUCAAGAUCGACAAACAAUUACAAACGAUAUCAAAUUAUUUCUUGUUCAGCCUGGCAGGUGCUGAUUUUGCAGUCGGUCUAAUCUCCAUGCCUCUUUUCACAUUGUACACCGUGCUUGGAUAUUGGCCAUUGGGACCGUUUAUAUGCGACACGUGGCUGGCAUUAGAUUACCUAGCCAGCAACGCGUCCGUCUUAAAUCUUCUUCUAAUCAGCUUCGACAGAUACUUCUCUGUGACGAGGCCUCUCACUUACCGUGCCAGAAGGACAACUCGUAAAGCGGGCAUUAUGAUCGCAUUAGCUUGGGCAAUUUCAAUGGCCUUAUGGCCGCCAUGGAUUUACGCUUGGCCAUACAUCGAAGGAAAGAGAACGGUAUCCAACAACGCCUGCUACAUUCAAUUCAUCGAGACAAAUCAUCUCAUCACAUGUAUUACCGCAAUCGCCGCAUUUUACGUGCCUGUUACUGUGAUGAUCAGUCUUUACUGGCGGAUUUGGAAGGAGACCGAAAAGCGGCAGAAAGAUCUUCCGUAUUUGCAAGCUGGAAAACCGGAUGCUAGUAAACGGAGUAACUCUAGCGACGAAGCGUUGGAUAUGGACGACUGUAGGAGGCCUAGGAGCGAAUCAAGCACAGGAGCCGAAGACAUAAAUUCCACGCAACUGGCUGUCUCUUAUCUUGAGAAACAUUAUCCUCAGUAUAAAACAAAGUACAGACCUCUAUCGUGGAUGUGGCUCAAGAUGUGGUGUAUCGCGUGGUGGCACAGCGGUCGUGACGACGAUGACGACGACGACGACAUCGAAGGCGCCGAGAGCAGUCGCACGGGUCACGGUUACGACGAGGCCACGACACCGUUAUCAGCCGAGACACCUCUAACUGGUACGGUCUCUCGAUCUGCCUCCCUAAGCGGGAUUCAUCCUACGGCUCUAACGGUUGGGAAAUCUGUGUGCAUCGCUGACAUUCAUGACUACAAGAAAUCGGGGCAAGCCGGUGAACUGUCGACGAAAAGCAUCUCCAGUGACUCGGUUUACACGAUUCUAAUCCGGCUGCCCACAAGGGACGCCAGCGGUAUGGGGAAGUACACGGAGGGCCCAAGCAUAAAGAUGUAUCACGACGAAGCAGUGACCUUCAAACUUCGCAGUAUGAUAGAGGACGUGGAAGAGGAGAACGGGAAGAUAUUUCGUCUGGGUAGCACGAUAUCGAGCCCGUCGACUGUGAUCCGACGACCGUCACGCAUGCCCGACAUAAGGAUCCCCUUAAACACGAAGAACAUUCCGAAAGCAACCAAGGUACCUGCGAACAAGGGCGCAAAUAAAAAGAAGAAGAAAAUUCAAGAGAAAAAGGCAGACCGUAAGGCGGCAAAGACAUUGUCGGCCAUCUUGUUGGCGUUCAUCGUCACUUGGACGCCCUACAAUAUUCUCGUUUUAAUAAAAUCCCUCACAGCCUGCUCGUGGUACAUACCGCAGCCUGUAUGGGACUUUUCCUAUUACCUUUGUUAUAUUAAUAGUACAGUGAACCCAGUGUGUUACGCCCUAUGCAACGCGGCAUUCCGAAGAACCUACGUGAGGAUUCUCAAGUGCAAGUGGCAUAAUAGAAACAGGACCGCUGUUGACAGAGGAUGAUAUCAGUAGAAAUGCUUCGCGUGCAACGUGUUUGCUCGCCGAAGCAAAAAACCUUUUUAUUUAUUUAUCGUUUUAUCUUUCCUCCUUUUAUAAACAUUCCACCAAAAUUGCUUGCCAACAAUAAGGAAACUGAGUUGCUUCAAUAACGUUCACUAAACCAUUUUUUACCAAUGCUCGAGGUUAGUUCGGUUGCGUAACUAAGGCGCGCGCCAAAGUGACGCGUCUGCGCAUGCGUACGCGCAUGUGCGCCGGACUCGGACCUGCGUUUAGCGACAGAGUUGUAAGUUUCCAAGUUGCAGUUCAAUUAUAUUCGAAUUUCGAAUUACUUUGAUAAUUAUUCGAAGUGAGGAAAUGGAGAAAUAUAGUUCUAUUAAUCGUCCAAGUAAUUCGCAACUCAAAUGUAACUGAAUUGUUUGGAAAUUUGCGAUAAAACAUAACCAUCGUUAAUUCAGUGUUCACGCGCAUACUGUGUGCGCAUGGACGCCAUCUUUGCGCGAGGCCAGCUUUACGAAGAAAACAUUUGGGAGUUAGCCUUUUUAAUUUUGUUUAUUAAUCUUCCUUUUCAUGAGCUUCUUGUUUGUAUUCGUUUUUCUUUGGGAAAAAGACAAUUUCUUUGAAUAGAUAAAUUGUUUUAAGAGAUUUGCAAGUCAACUUUCACGGAAUUACUGUUAAGAAGAUAUCGCGUGAAACAUAUUCCUUUCAUACAUGUAUAUGAAUAUUCGAAGUAAAAAUAGCUCGCAAUGCAACGUUUAUAUACAAAUCAAAAUAUGUACAAUUUAAGUAAAUGAAACGUAUGUCGGUCGAAAGUUUCGUUUCAUAUUUUAGAACUAGAUUGGGGAAAAACAGGGUGUACAAUUCAAUUUGAUAAAUUUAGAAGAAAAAGACGCAUUUUCUACACGAUCUUUGCAUCUAUGUCGAUGAUCAUAUUCUUUUCAUUCCAUACUUAAAUAGGAUUUAAAUACUGGGUGGUCCAUGCAAUUGGAAUAAGUCAUAACUCUUGUCUAAUUCAUUUUUAUUAUCUAUCUUAAUUUUUAAGAUUUACUAAAUAUUUCUUUUUAAUUGCAAUCAAAAUAGAUUUAAUAUGACUUUUUCUAAUUAUUUGAAACACGCUGUAUAUCCUUGUACAUUAGAUCAUCCUUCUGCCAUUUCAUUUUUAAAUUAAAUUUCAACGAUUAUAUUGAAACAACCACGGAAGAAAUAUUAUUAUUUUAGGGGAAAUAAAAAAACGGAACAAAUGUUUGCCAUUACGACAGCUCGGAUUUCCAUAUUUGAGGCAAUGCAACAUGAAUACUGCCAUGAAAAAUAAUCUUUAUAAAUAUAUUUCUGAACCGUACAAAAGAAGAAAAAAUGGAGAGACACGAAGAAGAGAGAAACGAACGGGCACGUUCUUCGACAGUACCAAAUUCGUGGCUCGAUUUUAGCGGCCAUCUUGCGACGAAUGCUUGGUGUCGACAUCUUUUUUUUUAUAGUUCACGGAACAAAGUCAGUUUUCAUACACGUGUCAGUAAAAAAAAAGUAUUUUUAAGUCUCUCUCAGAAAAUUUUAUAGCAAUUAAAAUGAAAAAUUUGAUUUUAGAUUGAUUAAUGAAAAUUGUAGAAGCAAGUAUCGUUGAAAAUUUUGUAAAGGAACAGGGUCAUUUUGACCCAGCAUAAAAUUUCAUUUUCUACCAUUUCUUUAGACAUUACAUUCCCAAUAUAUAAAAAUCUUUCCUUUUGAAAAUUUCAGUGCCCAAUUCUUCUCGUUAUUCCAUUGUACAAGUUUCAUAAAUCUGGGUCAAAUUGACCCGAGGGUUAAAGUAACGUGUAAUAAACUGACUCAGUUUCGCAGACUUCCUACAAAGCUACACCGCACAAAGAAACGAAAUCGAUUCGAAUUCUAAGGAAAAUAAAUAAAUAAUGAAAUGAAAAUGUUAAUAAAAGGACAGGCAUUUCUCGUGCGUUUUAUUCGAGGAACAACGCACUCGAUGUACAUUUUAAAUAGUAGUCCAAGUUGUAACUGAGUGUUUUAAGUGUAAUUUAGUCAUGAAGAACCAAAAGAUUUAAAAAAAAAAAAAAUGGAUAAGCGCUGUUAUAAAUAUAGAGUGUGUCACGAUAGAAUGGCAACAACAGUGGGUGGAACGCGCUACAUCGAUUCUUUUGUAUUCAUUAAUAUUCUAACACUUUCGUAUUAAGUGACAUUCUAAUCACACGUGCCAAACGAAGCUUUAAUGAUGGUUUAGGGAGGUAAAACGUAAUAAAUGUGUCCUUUCAAACGUUUAUACUAUAUACUAUAUCGAUCGAUUAGCAUGAGGAAGAAAAUUUGAUAAUUAAGUUCCAAGCUCAAAUGUCUUUCUUUUAAUUUUUAUCUAGUUAAUUAUUGCUGUAUCUAGUUAUCGAAGUUUUGGGUAAUUCUUAAAAAUUUCCUAGGUGUAAUCAAAUUUAUUAUAUGAAAAGAGUACAAUUGAUGGAAAUGUAAUACUUUGAAACAUAUACCUGAAAUCAUUAUUAUCUUUGUAUGUAUAUAAAUAAAAGUAAGUACAAAUAUCUAACUCAUUGAAAGGGUGAUAUGAAUUUUAUAUGCAUAUAUAUCAUACUUUCUUUUUGAAAUAAUUUUUAAUAAUGAUGGUUUCUUCAUUUCAUCGCUUUUCAACGUGUUAUAUGAAAGAUUAGUAACUUUUUUCCUUAUAUUAUUUUGAAAGUGUAAGAAAUACGUAAUAUUCAUCAUGAAUUAGUACAAAUAUUGGUAAAAGUGUUAUUAACUGUGUAUUGUUAAAAAAUAGUUGUCGUUGUAAAAAGUUAUAACUUCAUUUAUAAAUUAAAAAUCGUGAGCAUAGAGAUAUGCUAAUUCGAUUGAUAAACAAUU